UUCAGACUUUGGCUUCUGAUUAUGUGAACUUUCUGGGAAAAAAUAAAAAAAGAAAAAAAGAAAAAGAAAUUAAGGAAGAAAGAAAUAGGUAAGGAGAGAGAGAAGAAGGGAGGGAGGGGGGAAAAAUGGGGAACAGAGAAAUGUACAUGUACAGAUACCUUUGGGACCUUUUGGACCUUCUCCCAAAAGUAUUUGCAUAUUCUGCCCUUCCCAACUCCAAAAGAAGAGCUGUGAAUUUAAGUGGGAGGGAGCUGCCUUCUUGCUGAGGUUUAUACAACUGAGCUUGAGAGGACGUACGGACUGUCUGUUGAUAACUGCCACACAGCUGAAGAAUUCCAACUCUGCCACCUUUGAAAACUCAAAUGCUAGAGCUGCACCAAAGCAGUGAUGGUAUGGUGUGGCUUUACUGAAUUCAUAACUAAGAAGUAAGAAUUUAGUUCAUAACCUCUUUUUAAAUAGUUUUGAAUGCUACUUUCUGUGCUAAUAAGAGCAAGCUAAAUUUAAAAGCCAUCCUGUUCUGUCAUAACUAAAGCUAAGAUCAGGAAUGUUGAACGUGUAAGGACCAUAGAAGAAUAAAGUAUUUAUAUCAUUUGCCAUUUUGUUGUUAUAAUCAUCUCACUUUUAAUGCAUUCUUAAUGGUUAUUAUACUUCUCUUUUGUAGUCUUCAGUUUCUGUCAAACUAAAUGUGUCAAAUCAAGUGCUUGAGUAAGCAUAUCUGUGAACUUCCCAUUGCCGAAAUGAACUGCAGUUGUGUUACUAAAUAAAAUAAUACCGUGACUUUUUUGUUUGGAUAACUGUCUAAAACUUGAGUUUGCACAAUUCUUGACAUCUAAUGUAAAAAUAUUUAAUAUGGAAGCAGUUUUAAUACCAGUUAGCUAUCUAAAUUGAAAUUUAAAUUUGCUUCUUAGAAUCUAACAAAAAUAUGACAAUGUUGAACAUAUGAGAAAAAAGAAUGGAAUGGGGUCAGCUGUCCAGUUUAAAUCGAUUUUGUAGAUUCGUUUCAUUCUGCUUCUAUUGUACAAAGCAGUGAUCAAUUUUCAACACAUUGGCCAGCAGUCCACCAAAAGCUGAAGAGUGGAAUUUUUAGCCCUGGAAGUCAAACAGGUGACUCAGGCAGACAUCUUCAUAAAGGAAGAGAAUCCUGCCCGAAGGAUGGUUGUCGUGCUGCAGACACAGCAGAUUGGCAAAGGCUGAGGGCGUGUGGUUAUCAGCCCCGUGCCUGUGAUUCCGGCUGCCCCUUGGCUCCAGUCCGGCAGACAAAAUACAAGGGAGAUAGAAAGGAGGACGUUCUGCUGCGCUGGGGACCGUGCAAUUGGAAAGGUAGAAACUGAAAGCAAUCUUAAACAUACCAGGUGCAGAGCAGAAUACCGUAACCAUGAAUGACAUUGCACAGAAAACUGAGAUUCUGCUUUCUUCAUCUAAACCCGUCCAAAAGUCCUAUGUGCCCAAGCUUCACAAGGGUGAUGUAAAGGAUAAAUUUGAAGCUAUGCAGAAAGCAAGGGAAGAAAGAAAUCAAAGGAGAUCUAGAGAUGAAAAGCAAAGAAGAAAAGAACAAUAUGUUAGAGAGAGAGAAUGGAACAGGAGAAAGCAGGAGAUGAAAGAACUGCUUGCAUCUGAUGAAGAUGAUGAUGCAAAGUCAUCUAAGACAGACAAAGGUUAUGUUCCAAAGCUAAUAGGAACUGUUAAAGGCAAGUUUGCAGAAAUGGAGAAGCAAAGACAAGAAGAAGAAAGGAAAAGAACAGAAGAAGAAAGAAAGCGCAGAAUUGAGCAGGAUAUGAUUGAGAAAAGGAAAAUUCAAAGAGAAUUAGCCAAAAAAGCACAGGAGAUUGAUGACUUUAACAAUACGGGAACUGAAUCAGCAGCAGAGGAAGGGGAUGAUUCGCUACUGGUUACGGUAGUGCCUGUAAAACCCAGCAAAAUACCUGGGAAGAUGAAAAUAAACUUUGAUAACACAGGAAAAGAAAGAGCAGAACCGGAUGAAGAAAUGAAGCUUAAAUACGAGGAACAAAACCAAUUCCUUAAGGAAACCAAGUGCCUUUCAUUUCUCACGGGUGAAAAUCAGGACAAUGAAACACAAGCAUCUCUGUCACCCGGUAAGCUGAAAGUAACUUUUGAAGAACUUGAAAGACAAAGACAGGAAAACCAAAGGCGGCAAGCAGAGGUAGAAGCAAAGCAGCGUUUAGAAGAGGAAAAACGUGCCUUUGAAGAAGCUAGACAGCAAAUGAUAAAUGAAGGUGGCCAUGAAGAAUCUGAAAAUUCUGGUAGAGAAUUCCGUCCUGGUAAACUUAGGCUCAGUUUUGAGGAGAUGGAAAGACUGAGGAGAGAAGAGGAAAAGAGGAGAGCAGAACAAGAUGCAAGACGACGCAUAGAAGAAGAGAAAAGGGCAUUUGCUGAAGCACGGAAGAACAUGCAGGUGCUGGAUGAUGAUGAAUCACCAGAAAUGUUUAAAACAUUUUCUCAAGAAUCUCUCAUCCCUGGUAAACUGGAAAUCAAUUUUGAGGAGAUGCUGAGACAAAAGAUGGAAGAAGAAAAGAGACGCACGGAAGAGGAGCGUAGGCAAAAGUUGGAAAUGGAAAAGCAAGAAUUCCAACAGUUAAGACAAGAAAUGGGAGAGCUGGAAGAGGAGUCUGAAACUUUUGAGCUAAGCAAAGAAUAUGAAGAAUUAAUAAAGCUAAAAAGAAGUGGUUCUAUUCAAGCGAAGAAUCUGAAAAGCAAGUUUGAGAAAAUAGGACAAUUAUCUCAAGAAGAAAUACAGAAGAAGAUUGAAGAAGAACGAGCCAAAAGAAGAGCAAUGGAUGAAGAAAUAAGAGAAAGGGAAGCUGAGAAGUUUCAAGAGGAUGAUGAGGUAGAUGUGAGACCAGCCAAGAAAUCUGAGGCUCCAUUUACUCAUAAAGUAAAUAUGAAGGCACGUUUUGAGCAAAUGGCAAGGGCUAGGGAAGAAGAAGAACAGAGGAGAAUUGAAGAACAAAAAUUACUCCGCAUGCAGUUUGAACAAAAAGAAAUUGAUGCUGCAUUACAGAAGAAAAGAGAAGAAGAUGAUGAUGAUGAAGGAAGCGUUAUUAAUGGUUCUACUUGUGAAGAUGAGGAAGAUCAAGCUCGAUCUGGAGCUCCCUGGUUCAAGAAGUCACUGAAAAACACAUCGGUUGUUGAUGGUGAGCCAGUGAGAUUUACAGUUAAAAUUACUGGAGAACCAAAACCUCAAGUCACAUGGUGGUUUGAGGGGGAAAUGUUGCAAGACUCUGAGGACUAUCAAUAUAUCGAAAGAGGAGAAACCUAUUGCCUUUAUUUGCCCGAAACCUUCCCAGAAGAUGAAGGUGAAUAUAUGUGUAAAGCAGUCAACAACAGAGGCACAUCUGCUAGCACCUGCAUUCUCACCAUUGAAACUGAUGACUACUAAUGCUCUACUUUAGCUGGAAUCUUUCUUCCCCUCAAAACUUUCUUACUGCAUCAUCUCUUUUUUCUGAUGGGGCCAACUAAAGAAAGCAAGGAUAUGCAUUGUCAUUCCUGCAUCAGAUAUGAAUAACCUUCAAGUUGUGUGUCCAGGUUCCUUGCUCAGUACAGAAUUUAGUAUUGCAGGCUAAAAAGAAAGAAUCAAUGUGUGAAAGAUCAAUUAAAAGGAAAAACUGAAUGAUAGUAGCGCUCCCUUAUUUGAAGACCAACUGUUGUGUAAUGGUAUAAAGCUAAAUACACAAUCUGGAAACUUUUGUAGUAGUGUAAAUCUACUGGUAUAGUUUUGCAUGAGCACUAAAUAUUUAAGCUGUCUUACUUUAUCCCAGAGGCAUAGAACUGGCAAAAGGAAAUACUUAUCAAUUUUUCAAGAAUUCAGUGUAUUAUUUUUAAACAAUAAAAGAUAACAUAACUGCUCACUGUCAUUGUUCUGUGGUUUAAGAGAAUUAGUUUGGUGGUCGUGUUUUUUUAAAUAGAUUUGCAUUUGAACUUUUAAGCUCUUAUCAACCCAUGCAGUUGGUAAUCCAAAUAGUAAAAAUAAUCUCAGUAAGGCUUGUAGUUAUCAUUACAACAUCAACAUUUGCUUGUAAAAAAUUCUACUUUUUCAUUUCUUAAAAGACAGAGAAUCAGCUGGCAACGAGAUAUGAGCCAACAGUUAAGUUGAUAGGAAGGAAACAAAUAUUUUCAGGAUGUACAUCAUUUUUCAAUGUAUCAGAAAAUUUCAUUUUCUUUUGAUGCAAUGAAUUUACUGCUGCAUCUCUGUAAACGACACCUGCUUGAGGUGUAGUUUAUUUUUCAGUAAGACCUCUUUGGUAUCACUGCUAAAGUCACUGUGCUAAACCCAUCUGAAUUUUUUAGCAUAAGCUUCUUUUAGAGUUAUUUUACAAAUAAGCCACAUUUUCAACUGAAGAGUACAUGCAGAGCCUUAGCACAAGACAUGAUAAGCUAGAGUAGUUUAAGUUUAUGGAAUCAUUUUAAAAUUAUUAAGAAAUUUUACUAUGGUAAACAUGCUGACUGCCAUUAGUAUAGUUACCUAUGGAAGUCACUCUUUUGCCUCAAUAAAAUAGUUGUAAAAUUCAGAGAAAUCUUGAAAAACAUUGUAAGUUGCAUGAUGUUUUCAGUGAGUAUUUUAAUAGCCAUAUAAAUAGACUUUCAUGUGGGUGAUGUUCAUUCACAUGAGUUCUUUGUUGCGGUAUCUUUCCUCUAGAGCUGUGAUUUCAAACUAACGAAGUCAGGGUAGGAGCAUAAGAAAGACAAAAACAUUGCUAUUAUUAUCCAUCAGUUUACAUUUAUUGAGAAAAACCAUACAAAAAACAUUAUACAGUUAACGUGUACCCAUAUUACAUACAAUGUCAAUGCAAGCUCAAAACCACAUUUUUGUAAAGCAUUCAAUUUACCUCAAGUCCAAGCUGCAUCUCCCUAAGACACUGUUUCCAUCACAGUUGCCUUUUAAAGCCAAUCUUCUUUUUACACACGGGUAGUUUCUGCAGAGAACACUUUUCUCAGGACGAAAAUGCAUUUCACAUGCACGCAAGAGAAAUAUUUGUGCAUACAUACGAGUUUUAUGAGCUAUUACUAGGGAAGAAGGAAUCCUGUCAACUGCAGGCUUUCUGAAAGGCCCGGUCCUCCCUUCCUCCCCCCACUUUCAGACAAAAGCAAAAUAGAAGCUCUUAGCAUGCAAUGGAAAACUUAAAAUUACUUUGGAAGAGAACAGGGGAGAAACAUUUUCUGUCAUCUGAUACAAUAAAA